AUGGCUCUAGGAGGAUCGACUUGGCUCAAAGAAGGUUCAAGUACAAGACAAAGAACCCAAUGCACCAGGACGGGUUAUGGUCCACCAAAGCCAACGACUGCAUGUACUACCACCCACGCGCUCAACGCCGCUCUUCUUACAUGUAGUCCAAGUCCAAGUCGAAAGGCGACCACCACCACUGCGAGCUCAACCACCACUUUGCCUGCGGAAGCAAAAGCGCCCCUGGUCCAUAGCUCUAGUACCUCUAACCAAGCAGCGACGACCCGAAUUCAAAUUCGCCAAGAUGACAUGGAGAACAAGUUUGAUCGGACAGGUCUCUUCAAAGCUACUUCUAGGGCGCAGAAAUCGCUACAUCUAGUCCAUGUCGUGGAUGACGACGAAGGUGCAUCAGAUCCCCCUCGGUCUACAAACGUGAAACCCACGCUCAACGUAUUCGCUGUGAGAAUCAAGAAGGCAGCGCCAACCGACAAAGCAAGCAAACUGAAGUCUGCUGCUGCUGCUGCUGCUGCAAACAAACAAAGACCUACUAAAGCACCUGCGAUAAAAGAUCCGUCCUAUCGCCCCUUGAAAGGAACAAACGAAUGGUCAUCCGAGUCCACCGAUGAAGAUUUGGACGUGGGCUUUGUCCCGGGUGAUCUCCCUGUCUUUCGACAAGUCAAGGGGCAGCAGGAACAUGAACAGUUCUCAGCCGUUACUGGUAUCACUAGAGGUACCUCUAGUGUGUCGCCAGCACGACCAACACAACACCCAACACGACCACCGCCGCCGCCACCGAUUCCAAAUCGACUCAAGCGCAAGCGCAUAGAUGAUCCGACUUAUCGGCCUUCUAAGAACAGCGAGGGAUCUACUUCCGAUGACAAUGAUGCUGAGGAAGGUGACGAGUCUGACGAAGGGAUCAAAGCGUUGAAGAAGGUGGUCAAGGAUAAUAAUGCAAAGAUCAAGACGGUCAGGCGCAAGGUGGCUAGAGAGAGACAACAGAAGAACAUGGAUGUGGCAAAGGAAGAAAAGCACAAGAGCCAAUCGGUGCUGAAAGAGAUCGAUGAUGAUGAUGAAAAGCGAAACCUGUCCAUGAAGAAGAAGAAGAACCGAAAGUCCGUUUUGGAUCCGUCUUAUAAGCCACCCAAAGACGAAGAAGAUGACAGUGAGGAAUACAGUGACGAGUAUACCUGUACUGAUGGCUGGAACAGACAACGAAGAAAAAGGGUUCGCGUCCUCAACGAUAAUCCCAAGAACGACGGGGUUCCUACUACGAAGCAAAGCCUUCAUCCAUGCCAAGCACGUCCCUGUCUGCCUCCCAAGUUCGGCAGGCGAAAGGUGAACCGCCCUUCCAAGCCUCCCCGCAUCUACGAUCCCUCCUACAAGCCGGGGACUACCACCUCAUCGGACAAUGAUAGCAACGGCAUCGAUUCGAGUUGGAGCUCCACGGGAGAGGGCAAAGACAGGAAGAAGAAAAAACGAAGAAGAUUAUACCAGCCAAAGAAUGCACCCGAGAAGAAAAACCAGACGGUCAGCAACCUGCAGCAAGAGGUCAUAAGAUUGAUGCUAGAAGAAACAAAACCAAAACCCGCCUUCGCAAAGCCCAUGACCAAAAAGCGAAAACGCCCUCGUCUCAUCCGACGCAACACCAGCGACCAAUCCUUUUGCCCAUCGGACACUCCUAGUGACCAGUACAGCGAUGAAUGGUACAGUUCUGAAAAGAGGGGGACGAAAAAGAAAGACCAGUGGAAUGUCUUGGACUUGGAUUGUGGAAGACCAAUUGAAGCAAGCGAAGAGGAAACGAGAGAUAGUGUGAAACCAGAAAAGCACGAAUCAACAAGCAGGGAGAACAUGGCAACAAGAAGAAUUGGGACCAUCGACGCCAUUGAUGGCACAUACGAGCCAUCUAGGGACUCUCCGUCAUCCGAGUCUGACAUAGAGAUUAGCAACGACAACGAAAAGCCUGAGCCGAUAUUCGAGCCGGAGAAAGAACUCCACACCGGGAACGAACCUCUUUCCAAUAUCAGAACUGCUUUCUACCCCCUUUCGCGCGGCACGGUAUACUGCCAGCCUUGCUUCCGGGAGCAAGUGAUAGUUCGGGGCUUACUGAUUCGGCGGGGGAUAAGCGAGACUUUGAGGUUACUGAAAGUGUUUUUGGCUCUUGAGGAGAUUCUGGGUGGUGUUGUUGUAACCGAGCAAACGAGUGAUUAUGAGGACGAAAGAGAAGAAAGGCCCAUGCUCUCAGCACAGUCAUCCCUUGCCGAACUGCCCGAAGAUGUCCGGACCCUCUUGGUGCUGAGGCGCCUCUCAGAUGUUGUCAACGCCAGGAGCAUGCCAACCUUGUCCACAGCGCGCUCCUCCGGCUUCGAUGUUUCCCUUCAAACGCCCGCUUCUCUUCACGUCCCGUCUGACGCCAACCAAGACCCGACCGGUCCGAGCCGCUACUCAUCUCCGUUCGCUCCAUGUCCUCCAUGUCCUCCAUUAACCCUGCAUGGCGGGACUCCCAACCGCGCCGCCACCAGUACCGGCAUCAAUGCGUCUUACUUCUCCCUCAAGCUCCCUUCAACAAGAUCUAUUAUUUCCCUUCCGGUUCAAAACCCACUGGACAACGCCAUAAACAUCCUACACGACGCCCUCGGCAUCUCUCCCUGGCAAGCUCGUCGAUUAUGGGAUCAGUAUGAAGGCUCGGGUAUAUGGGACCUAGCGCAGGUGGAUUCGCUUGUCAAAACCCAUGCGAAAUUCCUGAAUGAGCAAAAGUUCACGAAGGAGCGCCCAUGGGCCGAGGCCAAAGAGUUGAAUUUAGAGGGGGGAAUGGGGAAGGAUGAGAAUCUUCAGGCCGCUAUGCUGGGGUUGGAGGGUCUGGGUCGGUUGGAAGAGGAAAUCAUGACCGCCUUGGCAGAAAAGGAGAGCCGAGAAGAGGAAAACCAGGGUCGAACUCGACAGAGUGAUGGUGGUGGGACUGGCACUACAACAGGAGCGACACGCAGCAUCAUGGUUGGGGCUGUGACGGGGAGGAAGCAAUCCCAUGAUGAUGAUGUUGAUGAUGACUGCAGGUUGGAUUGGGGCCAUGCUCCAAAUCCAAACCAGAAAUGCAAACUGACCAAACCCAUCGACUUAUUCAACCCCACGAGGCAGAAGGCACAGCCAGUUCCACCACAGCGACCAAGAGAGCAGCUGAGGGUGAUUCCUUGCCAUUCCUGCUCUAGGUUCAAUACUGUCAACCAUAGCAGUUGCGCUACCGUAAGACGCAACGACUACAUUGCGAUGGGCGAUAGACCAUGGGUAAAAACACUGCAAUGGACUCUCGACAUCAACGGGUCAGAAGCGGCCAAGAUGACGCUCAAUGGCUUGUUGGACUUUAUCAUCCGGAGUGGAAAAGCAACCCAUGUGAAGAGCUCCGGGUGGGAGUUUGUGGUGUACCGCCCUGGCGACUACAAUGACGCGGAUAUUCGGAUUGUUUUCCUGGAUGUUGAGCCUGGGCUGGAUCUUCAUUUGUAG